UGCCGCCGCGAUCGGCGCAUCAAAAAAAGUGUUUUUCAUGAAAAUCGGCGAUUCGGAAAAAUUGGCGAAAACUCGGAUGCGACGAAGGAAAAAGUGCGUGCAAUGAUGCCUUCCAGCGGGUUCUUUAGCCGAUUGUGCCAGAUACUCAGUGGCCGGGAUCAGACGCUCGAUCGGAAGCGCAAAGGGACGACGGAAACAAACAGCAUCGACCCAAAACGCGCUCGCACAGACAACAGUGAUUGGCAUUUCGACACGCUUUACGGUGGUGGUGAACUGAACAACGAGUAUCGGAGCACCCUGGGGAUGACCGAUCCGAUGAUGGCGUUCAAGAAGAAUGUGCGGAUGCUAAGUGACAUCACGGACGAAUCGGCUGCAGCAGGAGGAGGAAGCCCUCAGAGUAGCAGCAGCAUGAUGCGGAGGAGCAGCGGGAUUGGUCGGCCCUCGUUCUUGAAACCGUUGGACAAAGCGAAGCCUCCGUUGAUCACGCCGAGCUAUCUGCCGGAUGAACCACCAUUCCAGACCAGCUCCCGCCGGAGCUCGCUGGCCAGCCAAUCGACGAGGGGUGGUUACCAGCAGCAGCAGCAGCAUUACCAGCCGCCACCGUCAAUCUAUCCGUUCACGGGACUCACAAUGAAACCGCAGCCAGCGAGCAGCCGCUUCCUUCCCGAACUGAACGACAGCGACUUCGGACAGUUGCUGCGUAAAUCGUACGGUUCCACUCGAUCAGUGUACGAGCGGUUGGUCAACGGGGGAAAGAAUAGCUACGGUUCGGGAGAAUCGCAAGCAACCCGGACCAAGUACGAGGAGCUGAUGCAGCAUGUCAUUCCUACCGCAAACGAUCAGUCCAGCGCGGCCGCCACCCGAAGAGGCACGUACACGGACUUUGGAUUGAACGGCCCAUCGGCAGCAGUGCGGCAGCCGCGACAGGAGACUAUCUAUCUAACUGAUGAUGAUGAGGAUGAGGAAGAGCAACAGGGUGAAGAGAAGUAUGAGAAUCAAGAUGAGACGAGCUUCGGCACGGCCAACAAUGGAACGUUUCCGCGGCGACCGGGUAGUGAGAGAUUCUUCAGUAUGAACGCACCGUCAAUGCUCGAUUUCGAUGGCCCGAGGCAACAGCAGCAGGAAGAGGAGGAACGGGAGGAGGAACAGGAUCAGCAGCAGGAAGCGGCAUCAGAGAACAAAUCGCACACAGCAGCGGACCCGGUCGGUGAGAUUGUCAAUUCUUUUAAGGAAAAGCUGCAAACGAACACGUACUACCGGGAUAACAUCAUCAAGGAUGUUCAGCAGCGUUACGGGUCUUUGUUCGAAACGCGCAAAACGCAGAUCGAACAGGAACGGGAACGGCUCUCUAGCCUGAAGCAGGGCACGGUCGAGCAGGAGAACUUGAUGCGCUACAAGAUGCUGAACUAUGUGGCCUCGAUGCCGUCCUUCGAUUCGCUCGUCAUCGAGGAACCCCCGAAGGAGGUGACACCGAAAGAGGUGCCACUGCCCGAUCUGACGCAGGAACAGUUGACGUUCAUCAAGCGCAAGCUGCAAACGCCACCGCACGCAUUGGUGAUGGACAAGUUCAAGAUACAGAUCACGGGCGAUGCAUUCCGAACGCUCGAUGGUAAUACGUGGCUGAACGAUGAGGUGAUCAACUUUUACAUGCAGCUGCUACAGUACCGGAGCGAGCAGCGGCGUGACCAGGGAUUGCCGAAAGUGUACUCGAAGAGUACGUUCUUCCUGAGUAGUCUACGCCGGAGCGGUUACAGUGGUGUGCGGCGUUACACGAAGAAAGUUGAUCUGUUCUCGUUCGACAUCAUCGUGGUGCCGGUGCACGUGAACGAGGUGCACUGGUGCAUGGCGAUCAUCGAUCUGCGGCGUAAGGCGAUCGAGUAUUAUGACUCACUCGGUGCCCCCAACAACCCGGUGCUGGAGAUGCUGGAAAACUAUCUGUGUCAGGAGUCGUUGGAUAAGCGCCAGGUGCCGUUCGACAAAACCGGUCUAACUAAGCGAAACAUGAGCGAUUGCCCGAAACAGAACAACGGGAGUGACUGUGGGGUGUUUAGCUGCAUGUUUGCUGAAUUCUUAACGCGCGAUCACCCGAUCACGUUCAACCAAUCCCGUAUGCAGUACUUCCGCCGGAAAAUGAUGCUGGAAAUCGCACAGGGUGAACUGAUAACGUAAUCGCGUGAUCUCUCAGUGUGCGCAUCGAUCGCAGAUAUUGAGAUCCCCCCUUAUAUACUCCCGCUACUCGUCCCUCCCCCACUUCGUUUAUAAGUGAAAGUCCCAGAGGUCGGCGUCAUCUGAACACAACCAUCAUCAUCAUCCAUUAUCGUAUCGUGUG